AUGUCUGAAAGUGAAGACUUAGAAUCGUUAAAAGUGAUUGAACUACAAAAUGAACUUAAAAAACGUGGUCUUGAUACAAAAGGACGCAAAGCAGAUUUAAUCACUCGUCUACGUCAAGCAAUCAAUGAUGCUACUAAAACAACAACAGAUAAUCCAGAUAUUAGUGAUGAAGAAUCAGCUCCACCUGUCAUCAAAGAUGAAACAUCAUCUCCAUCAAGUGCUAUUGAAGAUGACGACGAUGAUGAUGAUGAACAAGAGCAACCAUUAACAGAACCAGUAUCAAAUAAUAAUCAAUUAGAAGAUCCUCUUAUACAACAAAUAGAAUCAACAUUAAGUAAAAAACGUCGUCUUACUGAUGAUGAAGAAAAAGACAAUGAAGAAAGUGAAGAUAAUGAAAUAGAAAAAAUAAAAGAUGAAGAUAUUGAAAAUAAUUAUAAUGAAAAUGAUGAAUUAGCUAAGCAACGCCGUAAGAAAAAAAGUCGUUGGGAAUCAGAACAAGAUGAAGAAGAAGAAACAUCAGAAAAACAAAUAACUACAAAACGUACUUCUGAUGAUGAUGAUACUGUUGAUAAUAGUAGUACAACAAGUAGUAGCAGACAUAGAGAUCGAGAUCAUCAUCGAUCAUCAAGAUAUAGUGACGAUCGACAUUAUACUAGUCGACAUUCAGAAAGGUCAACAGAAAAGGAAGCAUUACUUCCAGAAGAAGAAACUGUACAAUACAACUCUGAGGAUGUUGUACUAGACUUUUAUACGUCUGAUCUAAAUCUUACUAUUAAUACGAAUUGUUUAUCAGCAUCGAGUAAAUCGAAUGAUGCGUUAUGUUUUUUGUGGGCUGGCACUCGUGCAACUUAUGGAUUUAAACAAGGGAAAAUUUGUUAUGAAAUUCGAAUAACUGAAAUAAUUGAAUGUCCACAUAUGCCAGAUUAUGAAAAAGAAAAAUUUGGUAUUCGUGUUGGUUGGUCUAAUUUAUAUUCGGGUCUUCAUGCACUUCAACUAGGUGAAUUCAAUGAUUCAUUUGGUUAUACAUAUUCUGGAAAGAAAAUGUGUAAAUUAAAUGAUGAAUUAUCUGAAGAUAACUAUGGUGAAUCAUUUGGUGUGACAGAUAUUCUUGGAUGUUAUAUUGAUCUUGGGAAUCAUGGUGAUGAUAGUAAAAUACAUAUAUCAUUUACAAAAAAUGGUCAAGAUUUUGGUCAAGCAUUUGAAUUAGAUAAAACAACUUUUUCAAAUCAUAAUGAUGAAAAUCGAUUCAUCUUUUAUCCUCAUAUUUUAGUUAAAAAUAUUAAAUUUCAAUGUAAUUUUGAACAAUUAGAAACAUCAUGGUCAGAAAUAAAAAAUGACUAUAUAUUUCCACAAAAUAUUUCUUUACAUGAACGAAUUCGUUGUUCAGAGCCAAUUCUAGAAAAAAAUGAUUGCCAAGUUAUUUUACUUUCUGGAUUAAUUGGAUCAGGAAAAACAACAUGGGCAAAAAAAUAUAUUAAAGAUAAUCCAACAAAAAAUUUUAAUUUAAUCAAUGCUGAAUACGUUCUUAGCAAAAUGGCGAUUGAUGGUAAAUUACCAACAAUCAAAGAUCGUAAUGAUGGUUUAAUGUUACGUGUUAAUAUUUGUUUACAAAAAUUAAUUGAAAUAGCUGCACAACGUCGACGCAAUUAUAUUAUUGAUCAUGUGAAUAUAAGUCGAGAAACCCAAUCAAAACGCCAACGAUUAUUUACUGGUUAUCAACGUUUAGGCGUCGUUAUCGUACCUAACGAUGAUGAAUUGAGAACCCGCAUUGAGAAAGUUGAAAGAACAGAAACUAUUUCAAUACCUUUGCAAUGGAUUCGAGAAGCGAAAGCUAAAUUUCAUUUCUUACAAAAGGGUUCUUCCUUAGAAGAGGUUAUUUAUCCUGAAUUGUCUUAUCAAGAUGCCAAAUCUUUAUAUGAUAAAAUUCGUCGAGAUUAUGAUCAGCAUCAUUCGUCUUCGUCACGUUAUGAACGACAUGAUGAUUAUCGUUCAUCACGUAAUGAUCGAAAUCGUUAUGAUGAUCGAGAUCGUGGCAGUCGUGAUCGCGAUCGUGAUCGUUAUAAUCGAUCUCGUUCACGUGAGCAUGGUAGUCGAGAUCGGGAUCGUGAUCGACGAACAUCCCAUGAAGAUUCACGUUAUUCAUCAUCACGUCGUAAUGAUAAUUAUAGUGGUGGUGCGGGUAGUGGUCAUAUUAAUAAUAACUAUCGUGCAGGUGGUUAUUCUGAUAAUCGACAAGAUUCGAAAAACAAUAACUAUAAUCAACGUGGUGGUUUUCAUGAAAGAGGUUACCAUGGAAGAGGAGGUAAUAAUUAUAAUAAUCAAUCGAAUGUUGGAUGGCGCGGUAGUUAUCAUCAACAACAAAGAAAUGAUUUCGGAGCAGGUAGCGGUGGACAUGGUCGCGGAGAUUUUAGAGCUGGAAAUCAAUUUAAUAAUAGAGGAUCAUUUCAUGAUAAUCAACGUAGCGGACGUGGUGGUGAUAGUGGUGGAUUUAGACCAGAUUUCAAUAAUCAACAACGUGGUCGACAAUUUAAUGAAUAUGAUAGUAAUCCUCAACGUCAAGGCAAUAGUGGUGGAUUUAUGCAAAAUAAUAAUAAUAAUAAUAAUUUCAAUCAACAACAUGAUCGACAAGGAUUUGGUUCUCGACCACCGAUGCCACAACAACAACAACAACAGCAACAGAAUCUAUUUCAAAAUCAAGCCCAACGUCCACAACCACUUCUUCAAAAUCCAUCAUCUAAUCAACAACAACAAUUUUCAUCGCAAAUUUCUCAAACAGCAACUAAUAACCCGAAUUUAUCUUUACAAUCACAAAACUCAUUAGGUAUGAAUCCUACUGGGGUCAUACAGCCAAAUUCACUUGAUUCAUGGUUUGCAUUAUAUGCCGCUGCACUUAAUCCACAAGUCGCUCCACAACAACAACAAAUUCAACCACAACAAGAUACCAAUUCAGUAACUCAACAAUGGACACAAUGGUUUAAAACAGCUCAAAUGGGCCAAGUAGUACAACAGUCUCAACCUCAAUUAACCGUUCAACAGCCUGACACUCAACAACAACAACAAAAUCAAUUGUCUGAUGCAACUGCUUUGUAUUAUCAAGCAUACUAUGCUCAAUUAGCAGCUGCUCAACAACAAGCAGCUGCUGGAGCUGGUUCAACAAAUGGUGCUGUAGCACCAUCUGGUAGUAGCGAUAAACCACUUUCUUGA